GAGAGAGAGAGAGAGAGAGCGAGCGAGCUAGCUAGCUCAUUAAAUAAUUAAUUACCACAAUUAACUACAAAGCCAAUCAGCUGGUGGAUCGGAGGUACGUACUUUGAAAUUAAACCAUGAUAAGUGAUGAUCAGAAGCAUUAUUAUUUAGACUUAAACUCUAUGAAAGAGUUGCCCGAGUCGCAUGCAUGGUUAUCCCAAGCAGAUGGCUGCUUGCCCCCUUGUAGUAGUGAUCAUCAUCUAGCUAUAGUUGAUGUGCCUGUGAUUGACCUCAAAGAAGAUCCAAACGCCAUGAAACUGAUAGGCCAUGCAUGCAAAACAUGGGGCGUGUUCCAGAUCACCAACCAUGGCGUCCCCUUGGAUCUUGUUCAAGAAAUGGAGUCUGCUGGUCGGAAUCUUUUCUCGCUUCCUAUUCAACAAAAGCUCAAAGCUGCGCGUGCUCCCGAUGGCGGCGUUUCUGGCUAUGGGGUUGCCAGGAUAUCGUCGUUUUUCCCUAAACUUAUGUGGUCAGAAGGGUUCACCAUCAUUGGAUCCCCUAAUGAACAUGCUCGUAAACUUUGGCCCAACCGUUAUCAUAACUUCUGUGAUGUAAUAGAAGAAUAUAAAGAGGAGAUGAAUAAAUUAGCUCAAGAACUCAUGUCCUUAAUGUUGGGAUCAUUAGGCGUGACAAUGGAAGAUGUAAAAUGGGCUGCAGCUGGCGGCUCACAAGGAUCCACAUCUCGGCCGGGCGGGGCUUUGCAAUUAAAUUCAUACCCAGCUUGUCCAGAUCCAGAUCGAGCCAUGGGUCUAGCGGCUCACACCGAUUCAACCCUCUUAACCAUCCUACACCAAAACAAUACAAGUGGACUUCAGGCUCACAAGGAAGGAACCGGGUGGGUCACCAUCCCACCCAUACCCGGUGCACUUGUAGUCAAUGUAGGUGAUCUCCUUCAUAUACUAUCCAACGGUUUGUAUCCAAGCGUACUCCACCGAGCCAUGGUGAACCGAACACAACAUCGUUUCUCCGUGGCUUACCUUUAUGGCCCACCACCAAAUGUUCAAAUCUCUCCUCUUUCAAAACUCAUAGACCAAGUUCACCCUCCUCUUUACCGAGCAGUGACGUGGAGCGAGUAUCUUGGCACCAAGGCAAAACACUUUAACAAGGCGUUGUCUUCCGUUCGUGUAUGCGCACCGUUGAAUGGAUUUGCGGAUGCCAACGAUCACAACCGUGUACAGGUUGGUUGAAAGUGUUAGUUUAAUUAUGCUACACCUUUUUGUCAAUAAAUCGAUCGAGGAUAACUUUGUAAGCAAGGAGAGAGUGCUACUAUAAUUAGUAAAAAGCUAGUAAUGUUCUUUUU